UCAGCAAGUAGCAGAGCCUGAAGGAAGAGCAGCCAGACUUCCUACUUGGACCAGCAGUGUUUACUCAGUCCUCUGGUGCACCCUCUCCCCACGGAGCUCCAGGACCUGUGGGGCUCCUCUCACACUCAAAGAUCCCCACCCCAAGAACCUAACGCUAGAGACAGAGAGGCAUCAAGCCAGAGUGAAAGAGACCACCACACCGAAGCCCAGCAUGACCCGGGAUGAGGCGCUGCCGGACUCACACUCGGCACAGAGCUUCUAUGAGAACUAUGAGACCAAGGAAAUCCUGGGCAGGGGCGUGAGCAGCGUGGUCCGGCGCUGCAUCCACAAGCCCACGUGCUGCGAGUACGCGGUGAAGGUCAUUGACAUCACGGGCGGCGGCAGCUUCAGCCCCGAGGAGGUGCGCGAGCUGCGCCAGGCCACCCUGAAGGAGGUGGACAUCCUGCGCAAGGUCUCGGGGCACCCCAACAUCAUACAGCUCAAGGACACGUAUGAGACCAACACUUUCUUCUUCUUGGUGUUUGACUUGAUGAAGAGAGGGGAGCUCUUUGAUUACCUCACAGAGAAGGUGACUCUGAGUGAGAAGGAGACCAGGAAGAUCAUGAGAGCCCUACUGGAGGUGAUCUGCAGCUUGCACAAGCUCAACAUUGUGCACCGAGACCUGAAGCCUGAGAACAUCCUCCUUGAUGAUGACAUGAACAUCAAGCUCACAGACUUCGGCUUUUCCUGCCAAUUGCAGCCAGGAGAGAAGCUGAGAGAGGUGUGUGGUACCCCCAAUUACCUGGCCCCUGAGAUCAUCGAGUGUUCCAUGAAUGAUGACCACCCAGGCUACGGGAAGGAAGUAGACAUGUGGAGCACAGGCGUCAUCAUGUACACCCUACUGGCCGGCUCCCCGCCCUUCUGGCACCGGAAGCAGAUGCUGAUGCUGCGCAUGAUCAUGAGCGGAAACUACCAGUUUGGCUCACCCGAGUGGGAUGACUACUCAGACACCGUGAAGGACCUGGUGUCCCGCUUCUUGGUGGUGAACCCCCAGGGCCGUUGCACGGCAGAGGAGGCCUUGGCGCACCCCUUCUUCCAGCAGUACGUGGUGGAGGAAGUGCGGCACUUCAGCCCCCGGGGGAAGUUCAAGGUGAUCGCGGUGACCGUGCUGGCCUCGGUGCGGAUCUACUACCAGUACCGGCGCGUGAAGCCGGUGACCCGGGAGAUCGUCAUCCGGGACCCCUACGCGCUGCGGCCCCUGCGCCGCCUCAUCGACGCCUUCGCCUUCCGCAUCUACGGCCACUGGGUGAAGAAGGGGCAGCAGCAGAACCGCGCCGCCCUCUUUGAGAACACGCCCAAGGCCGUGCUCCUCUCCCUGGCCGAGGAGGACUACUGAGCGGGGAGCCACCCGCGGGGUGUCAGUCCCGGGAGGGAGGUCUGUCCAGAGCUCCCCGACCUCUGCUUCCCCUAUUCCCAGCUGCCUUCUGUUUCUCCUUAGGGAAAGCCCGGGCACUGGCUCUCAGCUCCUUAGGGCUUCCGGGGGAGGAUAAAAGACGCAGAAAACCCGAGAUAACAUAAUCAUGGGGGGUUUCGCUGACCUCGGGACAUCCGGCGACACUGGGAGCAAGCUGUUUCUGGAGCUGUGUCUGAGAGGCAUGUGGAAUGCCCUACAAAAGAGGCCGGUGCAUCGCUGGCUCAUGCAGCGCGGGAGAUCUGCCCAGGUUGACCAGCGCUCUGCCCACUGCCCGCCUCUCAGGCUGCUCCCUUACUUCCUCCACACUAGGGAAGCCUCUGAUAGUUAACUGUCGUUCUGGAUGUGGUUAUUUACAGAUUUAUUUUAUUACAUAUGAGAAAGUUUAACAUGAGGCGGAAGAGAAAAAGGGACCGGCCAGAGCACCAUUCUGGUACAUGCAGUUGCUAGGUAUAGAACCAGGAAGCUCAGGUAUGAAAGUCCAGCCCGAGCGGUAAUUUCUCCAGCUGCUUAGGUGUCAUUUACUCUUCACUCUCACGCCUGGUAAUCGAAACCAAUGGGUUCUCUGCAUUUAUUUUUGACCAGUACACUGCUCAGCUCUGGCUUAUGAUGUUGCUGAGGGUUCAUUGGAAGCCUCAGGUGUGGAAAUCUGUUACAUAACCGCUGUGCUACCUCCUUUGCUCCUAACACUGCAUUUUAUUUAUUUUUUAAGUUUUUUUUUUUUAAAUAAUUUGAUAGGACAGGGAGAAAUUGAGAGGAAAAGGGGAGAAAGGCAGAGAGACAAACACCAGCAGGCUUGCUUCAGAACACUUGUGAAGCUUCCCACUCCCACCCGCCCCCUUGGAGGGGGCCUUUGUUACUACAUUUUAUGGGAAUACUAAAACUAAGCUUUCUUCACAAGUACAUGGGAUUAAGAAAGACUUUUUCUUUAUUUUUUUCCCAGAGCACUUUUCAGCUCUGGCUGUUGGUAGAACCUGGGACUUUGGAGCCUCAGGCAUGACAGUCUUUUCUGUAUAACCAUUAUGCUAUCUACCCCCACACAAGAGAGACUUUUUCAAGGUAUUUUAUCUUUAUUUUAAUGAAAGAAAUACAAAGAGAGGUAGAGGCUCACAGAACACACCCUAGAACACUGCUCAGCUUCAGUUUGUGGUGGUACUGGGGAUUGAACCUGGGCCCUCAGAGCUUCAGGCAUGAAAGUCCUUUAUAUGACCAUUAAGCUGUUUCCUCAGCCCAAGAUUUCUUUAUUAAUAAGAAAGACAAAGAAGUAGAAUGUCACUGUGGCAUAUAUGAUGCCAGGGAUUGAACUCAGGACCUCAUGCUUGAGAGUCCAAGGUUUUAUCCACUGAGCCACUUCCCAGGCUGCAAUUUGUUGGGGGUAGACAGGGACAAGGAGAACUAGGGAGGAAUUAGAGAAAACAGUGAAAUCCCUGAAUCAGAACGGGGGAAAAGGGGGUGGGGGAACAAAAAUUUUUUUUCUUAACAAAAUGCCUUUUAGAGCACUUUGCCACAACUGUUUGAAUAUUUGGCAUUUGUAGAGAGUUAAUAUUUGACCUCUACAGGAAACAGCUCCCAGCCUGUGUUAGGCCUCCUCUCCAGGUGACACUGGUGCCCCUCCUCUAGGUCAGAGUCC